GGAAACCUCUAGCAUCGGAGAUAAACACACUGAAGAGGUGUGAACCAGACGAGCACAGCUGUCACAACACCGAGACAACAGUAAUAAAAAAAGGACUGUCCUUAACACAGCGAGAGUCAACAUGUCUGAGACAUACGACUUCCUGUUUAAGUUCCUCGUGAUUGGCAGCGCUGGGACGGGGAAAUCCUGUCUCCUCCACCAGUUCAUCGAGAACAAGUUCAAACAGGACUCCAACCACACCAUAGGUGUGGAGUUUGGCUCCAGAGUGGUCAAUGUUGGUGGGAAGACAGUCAAACUGCAGAUCUGGGACACUGCUGGGCAGGAGCGAUUCCGUUCCGUGACACGGAGCUACUAUCGAGGAGCAGCAGGAGCGCUCCUUGUCUAUGAUAUUACUAGCCGGGAGACCUAUAACGCCCUGACUAACUGGCUGACAGAUGCUCGAACACUGGCAAGCCCAAACAUUGUUAUUAUCCUGUGUGGCAACAAGAAGGACCUGGAUGCAGACAGAGAGGUGACCUUCCUGGAGGCGUCACGCUUCGCUCAAGAGAACGAGCUGAUGUUCCUGGAGACCAGUGCUCUGACAGGGGAGAAUGUCGAGGAGGGUUUCCUGAAGUGCGCUCGCAUCAUCCUCAACAAGAUCGAUUCAGGAGAGCUGGACCCAGAGAGGAUGGGUUCAGGUAUCCAGUACGGAGAUGCUUCGUUGAGGCAGCUGCGACAGCCAAGAGGCAACACCACACAGAAUAAGCAGCAGUGUAAUUGCUAGGGAUCGGGGGCCCCACCCUCACCUCAACUUACAGGCCCACACAGAGAGGACGUCCCCUAUAGCUCCAGGUGUUUUUUGGUGUGUGGUACCCUUUUUUUCUGCAGUCUCACACACCUCAGAUCACCUGGAUGAGUGGUCAUGGAGAUCACUGCAACCCCUGACCCCUGACCUCUGGCAAAAGUCUCUACUUCUUGCCGGAGGAGAUCAGCAUUGCCCCCGCGUCUGGACAGGGAAACCCCUCGGUGUCAACACAUUGGGAUCAUAAAGAAGCUGAAAAACAGGUUUCUCAGUUGCUUACCAGACAAGGACAUGUCAAGGGUUGUGUGUAUGGGCUGCACUGUUGUUUUUAUCUCUGUGCUUUUCUUUCUGGUUUUAGUAACAUGCUUUCUACAUUUGCACAUCUUUGGUUGUAAAUUAUUUAACUGUUUUGCAUAUAUUCAUAACUCAACCUAUCCAGAUAUGACUCAUGAUUAGCUUGGUCAGCAUUUUUUUAAUUGGAACAUUGAUAUUUUGCUUUUUAUUUACCAUUUGACUCCUUAUUUGCACUCAGUUUUACUCUUUAUAACUUCAGCCUGUCAUCGAUAGUGACAAAGUGAUAAACCAUCUAAACGUGUCCUCUGAUAAGUAAAGUGAAGUCAACAUGCACAGAUUUUGGUUUAUUAUUACUGUAUAUAAUUAUGAUUCCGAUACAUUGCAAAUCUUUUAAAGGGUUUCUGCAUUUGUUGACCAGUAGUUUUUCUCAGACCUGAUCCAAAUGGAAGCACCUAACUGGUGGCAUAAAGUGUAUUUUUGAAGUAAUACAGAUCCAAAAGUAGAGCUCAAGGCUUUUACUAAUUCUGAAGUGUGUGUUACAUUGACUCUGUUGAAUUUUUGCUUUGCGUUAAAAUGCACUAUUAUGCUGUAGAGUAUUGGCCUUAGUGAAAUACUCGAUAUUGUGGAUUUUUAGUAUUCCCAGUCACUGUCUUUCUAAGGGGAAUGGUCCAGUCACUCCAUUUUCUACAUAGACAAGCUUGGGGUUAGGUUAAAAGCACAAAAAAGGAGAUUUUGCUCUUUAUUUUACUCCAAUGGUCCCAAUGUCUGUAUCUUAUCAUGAUCAGAUUUAGCCCAUGUUGAAGUCCUUGUUUCUCUGAUCCGAUUAUAAUAGAAGAUUAAGAAAGGAUCAUCAAUUUUUUGCAAAACUAACAAUGUCUUUGACUCCUCCUGCUGGGAUUUUUUCUCCAUUUUCUUGACCUCCCUUUAAUUCAUGUUGCUCUUCAUGCACAUACUGUACAAGGGACGUCACAGGAAACCACAGUUGGUUUUGCCUCAGUGCCAUGUUUGGGGAAACUUUCCUGCCGCCCACCUAGUUCCCUUGUAGAGGCUUAACCCAGUUUAAUCAUGCAAGGUUGUACACCAGCCUUGAGUAAAGUCAGGAUUCUGUUUUUAACCUUGCAAGUAGUUUUUACUUCUCCUUGUCGAGCACAGAAACAGCUGUCUGCUCUGCGACACAGUGGGUUUGCAGAGCUGACCCAGAUGUUUUCUCCUUAGAACAGACCCUGCAUUGCCCCAGAGAGAAGGGAAUUUCCACUGAAACAUGGUUUCCUCUUUCCACGCAACACAGACUGUAGGGCUUGUGGUGCUGCUAAGAGAAUGCGAGUUAACAACGCAAAAACAUCCCAAACUCUCACCCUACUGUUGAGUCAAAUGCACUGCUUCUGUCUGAACCACUGAGAGCAGGUCACAGUGACCCAGUGAGAGGAGAUCAAACACAAACUGCCUGCAAAAACCUAUUUCUCAUGUCUUCUCCUCAAGUGUUAGCAUAUGUGCUCCCAGACAAACCAUAUGCGUUUAAGCUCAAGUGAGCCAGCACACUUAUACAGGAGGAAGGUGAAUUGUGCAAACAGGAGAUAGUACAAGAUACCAAGAGACAGAUGGUCAACAAAUGUGUUUUCACAAAAAUCUUGGCAAUGUGUGAUAGUUUGUCUCCUUCUGCAAGUGCACUUUUAAUUUUUUUGUUCUGUUUAUAUGCUGUAACUAUAGAAUUGUACAUUUUAUUUUACUUGAACUAUACUGUAAUAAAGAUUUUAAUUGUAGACGUUAUCAUCAUUUUUACUAAAUAACAACUGAGAUCUUAAUGUGAUUCCCUUGUUUGUGCUGUUACAAGGCACGAUUUGUUGUAGAAGUGAGAACUCCUGCUGUCGGAGGUUUGAUUUGUUUAUUGCAUGCUGCUGACGUGGAGGUAAUGAUGAAAGGAUGUUGACUUCCUGAGCUGUAGGAGGCCAUCAGUAGGAACUCUGAUCACUCAUAUUCACAAGUUGUUGCAGACACAGUACAGCCUCUAUAGCUUUACUGUUGAUCUGUACAUAUUUAUUGUGCAGUUCCUAAUAAGAACUUAUUAAAAUGGCCAUGUGAUAAACAUUAUUUUAUUACUUUAACCUGCUUGGGUUAAAUCUAUGUCAUGAACACAGUCCAACUCAGUUGUUUCUUAGUAACUAUGUUAUAUAAUCAAUCUAAAUACUACUGUACAUCUCAAGUAACCCAUGCUGUAAAUAAGAUUUGUCUAUUGUCCAUUGAAGGUUAGUGUUGCUCAUUGAUUGUAAUGAUUAUGCAAUUCCCAGUAAACUUGCUUGUUUUUUCAGUUAAAA